AAGAUGAAUGAAAUACCCAGCCCACCCAUUACGAUGAUUGCUAAAAAAUAUUUGCUAAUAUUUUAAUUAAAGAUAAGAAACAAUCAAAUCAAAGAUUAAAUAAUUCGUCCCUCAGCUGUCAGGAGAGCUGAGAAAAGUAGAGACUAUAAGAAUUAUGAUAAUUUCACUAAAGUAGAACAGUCUUUAACGGUCUUUUCGAACGAAAGCAAAUCGCUUGCAAUACUAACGGUAAAAUAAAGAAUUUUUAAAAUUUUUGUGUUAAAAACAAAAAAAAAAUGAAAAGUUUUGUGUUUAAUUGUAUAUGGACCUGUGCUUUAGUGCAUUUGGCCUAUGGGGUUUAUCCCAUGCCUGGACCAAAUCCACAAAAUUUGGCUAGUCUCUUCUUUAGAUCCCGUUUGGCUUCGCAAGAUCCUGCUGUUUCUAUGGCCUGUUUUUCCGACUAUAUUGUCAAAUCGAACACAGUGGGCGAAACCUAUGGCAGGGAUUAUAAUCAGUGUUUAAUAAAUGCUAGAGAGGGUCGUCAAAACAUUGAAACUGAAAUGAUUGAUAAACGUAUUGCUAUAGGUGAAAGCUCUCAAGGCAUUUGCAAACGUUUAUCCACUUGUGAUGGUCUUAAUUCUACUUUGGAAGUUUUUAAUUGUCAUGCAAGAAUUGGUGCCAACAAUACUAAAGCCGUCUAUAGCAUUUCAGGCAAUGCCUCCGAAUAUGCCAAUAUAAUGCAAGAAAAGUAUCGUCUUAUAGAUUUGCGUCAUGAACAAUGCUGUAAGACUGCCGAACGUAGUUAUAUCGAAUCCACGGCUGUCAAUUAUCGCAACCUACAAGAUUGUUUAGAUGGUCGUGCAAAACCUAAUCCACCAACUACCACUACGACUACUACACCUCAACCCACUACUACUACUACGACAACAACUACCUUAGCACCUGCAACAAGCACCACAGAAGUUGAACCUACUUCCGAAAUACCAGAUUUUAUUACUUCAGAAGCUACUGAUGUAGUAGAUCCCACGUUACUACCAAGCCCCGAAGAGUUUGCCAAACUUUUGAAAUUAUUUAAAUAAAAUAAAUAACAUCAAGUAUUUCUGAAUCCAAACUUACCAAAAAAUAUCAAUGUUUAUUAAAACAAAUUGGCAAAAGCUUACCUGAAAUUAAAAGAAAAUGUAAUUGAUUAAUAUAUAUUUUUUAAAAUUAAUUAAAAUAUUUAUUUAAAAAGUA